CUCGUGGGUUGGAUAUUCCUUCCAUUAAGACCGUCAUCAAUUACGACGUGGCUCGGGACAUAGACACGCACACCCACAGAAUCGGCCGUACUGGCAGAGCAGGCGAGAAGGGGGUUGCCUACACUCUGCUGACUCCCAAAGACAGUAACUUCGCCGGUGAUCUUGUCAGGAAUCUGGAAGGCGCUAAUCAACACGUUUCCAAAGAGCUGUUGGAUCUAGCAAUGCAGAACCCGUGGUUCCGGAAAUCACGUUUCAAAGGAGGAAAAGGCAAGAAGCUGAAUAUUGGUGGUGGCGGUUUAGGAUACCGUGAACGUCCUGGUCUGGGGUCUGAAAAUUCUGACCGUGGAAACAACAACAGUGUGAUGAGUAACUACGAGGCGUACAAGCCAUCCACUGGGGCAAUGGGAGACAGGCUUACAGCGAUGAAAGCAGCUUUCCAGUCCCAGUAUAAGAGCCACUUCGUUGCUGCAAGCUUAAAUAAUCAAAAGACUGGUAGCUCCGCUGCUGGUGCCAGUGGCUGGACCAGCGCUGGGAGCUUGAACUCGGUACCGACGAGUUCGGCACAGCAAAACGCUGCAAACCCUGACAGCCCGAUGCCAGCCGCCGCAGCAGCAAAGGGUGUGCCAGGUUUCACCAGCACGGGGAAUUUGAGUAGCGUUCCCACCUUUCCAAGCGUCGGAGCACAGGGCUUCAACAACACGAAUGCCAGCACCAACAGUCGAGAAGGCAGCGGCAGCACCAGCGUUGCUGGCGGCGGCGGCAGCGGCGUUGUCAGAGAACGAUACAACGACAACCGGAACAGUCGCCACGGUGAGGUCCCGCGCCGUGGAGAGGGUGGCGGGCGCUACGGUGACGCGCAACGCCACGGAGAAGGAGGCGGUCGCCACAGUGACGCUUACCGCCACGGAGAGGGCCGACAUGGCGACAGCCAUCGCCACGCUGAAAGCCGGCACUUCGCUGAUGUGGGCAGUGGCAAUCGCAAUAAUGGUGACAGCAGGAGUAGUAACGAGGGUAGGAACACCGAGAACAGGAAUGGGGAGAACAGGAAGGAUGCCAACAGCCGAGACUUCAAGCCAGAUGGUUUUGCUGUCCCAGAGCCCCCAAAACGUAAGAAGAGCCGGUGGGACAGUUAA